CUGCAUGGAGGUGUAUAGUGGACGUGAGACACUCACUCACGGACGAGAUGAAUGACAUACUGACAUGCCAAGUGAGUCACUCGAGGAUACGAUGGAUGCCGACGCGCAGACAGACUGACACACAGACAGACGCUAGCUACUCACAUCACACACGCACCGCACACCCACUAAUUAGCCACUCUGAUCUGUACAGACAGGAUCGUGACAGACAUGAGCAUCUGACCUGCCUCCCUCCCUCCCUAGGUCGGUCACAUCACAGCAGGUCCCAGAAGUAGUCGUGUCCCUGCCCAAGCUCCCAUAUCGACACACCCACACCCACGCGACGCGCCAAUUCCAGCCGCUCCUCCAAGAACUGCACACAUACAUUCAAACACACAGAUGCAGCACCCACCAUGCAGCCCAAGGCGUGUUGUCCAUAGCGUGUUUGGCAGGUCACCCACCUUCAGUGUGGGAAAGUAGAUGCGCACAGUGCCGUCAGACACCUGCAAUGAAUGCAAUACACCAGGAGAGCCAUUAAGGCGAUUGAUUGUGUUUGUUGUCUCUGUCAGUGGAGUGGCUGGUCUGACCUGGACGUCGGCAUGGUGUUCCUUCGCCUGGUCGUCCCAGUGCAGCGUGGCCGGGGCUGACUUGAGCAAAGUCACGAUCUCCUGCCCCAAGAUGGACGACGCAACUGCACCGAACCGACACACACAGAAGUGCAUCGAUCUCAUGUGUGUUUGGGCGAGUGUGUAUGCAUACCUGCUUUUCGGCUCUCUGAAAGAUCCCAGGUCCGACCGUAGAACGGCAGGCCCUUCAAGCCCAACACAUACACACACACACACCCCACAGGACAGACAGCAUAAACGAGUAGAUGAUCGUGCCCCGCUGUCUAGGGUGGUCACCAUGAGCAGCUGUGAUGCUGCAUUGGGUGGAGUAGAGGGGUCCUUCGGCGUCAGCAAGCCACUCACAAUGCGCUCCAGCCACUGCAGUGACCACACACAGAACCACGAUCGACCGAUGCAUUGAGUCGCACAUAACAUACAUGUGGGUGAAGGCUCACACCUGGAUUGGAGCACUCGGUCCCGGCCUGAUGUCGGCACACACACACAGAGAGAGAUAUGGUCGCUCUGUUGCGUAUCGGCGCGGAUGCAGUGAGUGGCGGUCUAAUCUAACUUACGUUCGUCCGAGUGUGUGGUCGUAUGUCAUGAGGACGAAGCGGUGGAUGGACGAGGAAAGGUCCCGCAUGUCAUCGAACGUGAAGGGCACACGCAGGUCGACGUCAUCCAGCCGAUUGAAGGGCUGCACCAGGGGAGAGAGAGAGAUGACAAGAGGGAGGCAAGCAAGGAUGGGCAGAGAGUCCAGUCUGCUCACUGCACCUACUUACCGGUAGAACGAACAUUGCGAUGAGCCCCUGGUGCUGCAGACCCUCACCCACACUCUGCAAGCACAACACAACACGACAAAUGUGCUCUGCGGCGUGGUCUGUCUGUCGAGGAUUCAUUAGCUGCUGUGUACCUUCAGCCACGAUUUGGCCGUCUGUUUGACGCCCUCUACCAUGAGGAUGAUGCCCUCGAUCACCACACCGUGAAAGCCCCGAUCACUGAACACACACACAUCCACACGCACGAGGGAAGAGGUGCUGUGUGUGGGAUGUUCCCCGGCCCCCCUCACUGACUGACCUGCACAGCUGUGACACAAAGUCUACGAACACCUGUGGCUGCGUCAGGAAUGAUUCCAGCUUGCUGCUGUUGCGAAAGUCCUCCACCGCUGCACACACACACACAGGGGAGGGAUGUGAGUGCAUACGCGAUCAAUGUGCAGUGGCCGUGUCUUUUGUCUGCGUACGUACCGAUUCGUGGCACUACCAAUGUGCGAGUGUUGCUGUCGGUUGGCUCGCUGAUGACCUCCACCCAAUCGCUGUCUAUCACGUCAAGACCCGCAAACUGCACACACAACGACCGAAACACAGCAACACCCACCAUGAUGCAAGUACGUACGCUACUGCGACAGACGGACAGACAGACAGACCUGGAAGUCGCCUGACACCUGCUGUCCCUCCCCUGUCCCCUCCCCCCUCUCAAUCACACGCAGCCAGACAGGCGACACAUACGUCAGCUUCCUACACACACCAAACAGACAGACCGGUACGCAGAGGGCAUUCUCUGCUCUGAGCAGUGAGUACACCCAUUUGGCCGACCUGCGAAAGUAGUAGCUGGUCUUGAAGCCGCCUUCGUUCCAGGGCGUGACAAAGCCAAGCACCUCAUUGGCAAAGUUGACCCUCGACGCAUUGCAGAAGAGCUUGUGCUGCGCGAUGACGUCCUCCGCGCUGAUGCCGCUCUUGAUCAAGCCCAGCUCGGCAGCACACUUCUCUCUCACCCGCUUCUUGCCUGCAGCCGAGGGCGAAAUGCACAGCCCCACGACGAUAAGCAACAGAUAUAGUGAGAGGACGGCAGACGGCCGACGCUGCCGCGAUGCUGCUGGUGCUGAAAAUGAAGAGUGCGUCGGCAUCCCCUUCAUGGCCGCCGGGCCUCUGCAUAGAUCUGCGGAUGGGCAGCGAGCAAUUGAAGCAUAUGAUC